AUGACAGCUCAAACGCUGGGGCCGACCAUUUCUUUGAGGAGCAUAAAGGACUACUUGUCGCAGCAGCAGCAGCAACGACAGCAGAGCGCUAGCCAAGUCGAUGCCGAUGGGAGCAGAACGAGUUCUGUCAGUGAUCGUCUCCGCGUGAACAAUUUCGACCCCAGUCUUUUCCUUCUCCAGCUGCAACUGUCGAUUGAUGCUAAAUGGAAACAUUCCCUUGAAGAACACAUGCAUCCGGCGUUGGCGUCUACUUCGAUUCUUCUGUUGACACCUACCACAUACUCGCCGCUCAUUAGCUUUGAUAACUGGAAAGCAACUGUCCCCCUUCACCGAAAACCAAUACGGCAUCAAGCGCCAACCAAUGCCGAUGAAUACGAUCACCACCUUACCUCUAUUGUCAACGAUUUACUGGCGGAGAAGAUCACCCGAAAGCAGGCGCUUAACGAGAUUACUUUCGUUGGACGAAUGAAGCUACGGCGGCCAAAUACACGGAAGAAAUCAAUGAACGACCGGAUAUCUGUAUCACAAGGUUCUCCAGUUUCGAACGGAUGGUGA